AUGAGGAGGGAGAACCAGAGCAGCGUGUCCGAGUUCCUCCUCCUGGGGCUCCCCAUCCCAGUGGAGCAGCAGGGCCUGUUCUUCGCCCUGUUCCUGGGAAUGUACCUGUCCACGGUGCUGGGGAACCUGCUCAUCAUUCUGCUCAUCAGGCUGGACUCUCGACUUCACACCCCUAUGUACUUCUUUCUCAGCCACUUGGCCUUCACUGAUGUUUCUUUCUCGUCUGUCACUGUCCCAAAGAUGCUAUUGAACAUGCAGACUCAACACCUAUCCAUCUCCUAUCCAGGGUGUAUUUCACAGAUGUAUUUUUACCUUUUUCUUGGUUGUGUGGAUAGUCUCCUUCUUGCAGUGAUGGCAUAUGACAGGUAUGUGGCCAUCUGUCACCCUCUCCAUUACACCACCAUUAUGAAAGAGGGGCCGUGUGUGCUGCUAGUGGCUGGCUCUUGGAUUCUGUCCUGUGGCAGUGCCCUCUUGCAUACACUCCUCCUGGAAAAGAACAUGAGGAGGGACAAUCAGAGCAGUGUAUCUGAAUUCCUCCUCCUAGGGCUCCCCAUCUGGACAGAGAAGCGAGGUAUAUACUACACUUUUUUCCUGGGCAUGUACCUGACCACAGUGCUGGGGCACCUGCUCAUCAUCCUGCUCAUCAGGUUGGACUCUCACCUCCACACUCCCAUGUACUUCUUCCUCAGCCAUUUGGCCUUCACUGAUGUCUCUUUCUCAUCAGUCACAGCUCCAAAGAUGCUCAUGAAUAUGCAGACACAUAGUCAAACCAUCACAUAUGGUGGAUGCAUUUCCCAGGUGUAUUUUUUCAUAUUGUUUGGGGGUCUUGACAGCUUCCUUCUCACAUCAAUGGCCUAUGAUAGAUACGUGGCCAUCUGUCACGCCCUCCACUACACCACCAUCAUGAGUCAGAACCUGUGUUUCCUGCUAGUAACUGUGUCCUGGGUCCUAUCUUGCACUAAUGCCCUUUUGCACACCCUCCUCCUUUCCCGUCUUUCUUUCUGUGGUGACAACACUCUCCUCCACUUCUUCUGUGACCUCUCCACCUUAUUUAAACUGUCCAGCUCAGAUACCACAGUCAAUGAGCUGGUCAUCCUCAUCCUGGGAGUGGUAGUUGUUACCUUGUCAUUCAUAUGCAUCCUGGUCUCCUAUGGCCGCAUUGGGGCCACCAUCCUUAGAGUCCCCUCCACUAAGGGAAUCUGUAAAGCUUUGUCCACAUGUGGCUCUCACCUCUCUGUGGUGUCUCGCUACUAUGGAGCAAUUAUUGGACUGUACUUUUUCCCCUCAUUAAGUAAUUUCUUUGGCGAGGACAUCAUUGUGGCUCUCUUGUACAUGGUGGUCACACCCAUGUUGAACCCCUUUAUCUACAGCCUUAGGAACAGAAACGCGAAAGAGGCCCUUGGUAAACUCUUCAGUAGAGCAACAUUUUUCUCACAGUGA